AUGUACGGCCACUCUGAAAAAGGAUCUGAGCGCGCGACUGGACGCAUUCCACACCGUAGAUGGACGUUCACAGCUUCCACAGGAGAACAUGUCAAUUUAUGUGCACCAGCAGGGAAGCUGCAUGUAUCUGUACAUCAAAGAUUACAUGUGCCUCAUCUCCUACCCUCAACACCGCCACCCGCAUCGCCACACAGACUGCGUCACUCUUGGACCCAGGCAGGCAACAUCACCGUCGAUCAGUGGACCGGGUUGCUAUCUUCUACUGCCCCUGUUAUCGCGGACAACAAACGACCUUUACUUCCGUGCGUUGAGGAAGACGAUCCCGCGGUAACAGAUUUGAAUCUGUCUCCGUUACCCACUUUGAAUCGGCCAUCUGAUCAGCUACAUGCUCUCAUCAACCCCAGUACGGUAUGCAAUGAGACCGUUGCUAGUGAAUGUCCUCAGGUUGCCACAGUGACGGCUUCGUCUUACCACAAGAAGGUGAGGGACGAUACCCUCGCCAAACUAACUGGCCGCAGCACCAACCGGCUGAGGGUCGAGAAGGGGACGCCGACUCCACCGGACUUGGAAUGUGCACUGUCGGUCAACGACGUUAAUCAUCGGAACACUGAUAAAGUUGCCAUGAACGCUAUGACCGUCAAACCAUCUACGAUAUCUUCACGUCCUUCCACUGCUCCCCAUUCAGGCCAUUCCCAUCACGAUGCCCUUGUCCAAGAAUUCUCAGCAGGACAGAGAGCUCUUCGGAGGAAGCAACCAAUGGGAAAACUUCGCAUGUCAGCGCCAGCCUCGCCCGCUCCAACCCGUCCGGCUUCUGCAGAAGGGCGAACCUCACGGAGACCAGCAUCACAACCCCCUCAAUCGUCUCAUGACUCUCUUACAUCCAGCAUUUCGCUGUCUAUACCCAUCACAAAACUGCAAGGCCCUCGCCGUUCCAAUUCGCAGUCCCACAAUAUACCCCGCUUGGGCCACCCCCAUAGGCCAUAUUAUUCUUCAGUCAUUCGCAAAGACAUGUCCCGUCCUACCUCUCCCCAACCCGAGUGCAAGCCCAGCGAAAGCCGACCAACGUCUCCCAUGUCAUUACGGCCCUCAUCUCCUGGGCACGGCAUGGCCUUCUCAGGACGGACCUCCAGCCUGGGCCACGACUUCGACCUCCCCACGCCACCAGAUCUCGAUUAUUCUAGCACCUUCCCUUCUGCAUCAACGGCAUAUUCUCCGGGAGAGUUCGGGUACAUUCCACCUGUCGACAAGCUCAACAAUAUGGGCUUCUCGAUGAGCGGAGAGGCGGAGUUGAGGAUGGCGCUAGCGAGCGGAGACGACGCAGGCUCCUUUAGAUUCAAAGAUAUGAGCCCCAAACCACGUUUGGGAGUUCGUUCACAGGUCAAAAAAUUUGGGAAAGGACUGAAGAAUCGGCUGUUCGGCAAAUGA